AUGAGCGAUAAGGUGGUUGGAAUCCUUGGUAAGAGCGGCGGUCAGCUGGGUCGAAUGCUUGCCGCAUCUGCGUCUUUACUCAACAUAAAGACUGUCGUCCUUGAUGUCGGAGAACACGCGCCGGCCAAGCAAAUUAUUGCGCCUUCCUCUUCUCAACACGCACAUAUCGAUGGCUCUUUUUCUGACCCCGAUAAAAUCAAAGACCUGGCACAAAAGGUUGAUGUUCUCACCGUGGAGAUCGAACAUGUCGAUGCCGAUGCGUUAGAACUCGCUGGAUGCGUCACUCAUCCUAGUCCGACCACUAUCAAGCUAAUUCAAGACAAAUAUGGCCAGAAAAACCAUCUCAAAUCGCAUGGCUGUCCGGUGUCGGAGUUCGUUGUUGUGGAAUCAACAGUGGAGUCCAUAGAAGCUGCCAUCAAUACCCUUGGACUUCCUCUAAUGCUUAAAAGUCGUACACUUGCGUAUGAUGGACGUGGCAACUUCGUGCUCAAGGACUUGUCUCAAGCACAGGAGGCGUUGACUGCAUUAGGCAAUCGUCCCCUUUAUGCUGAAAAAUGGGUGCCGUUUACGCAUGAACUUGCCGUUAUGGUUGUACGGAGCACCAGUGGGGAGGUUAGGGCAUACCCUGUGGUGGAGACAGUCCACAAAGAGAGCAUAUGCCAUCUUGUCUUUGCUCCCUUACGAUCUCGAGACGCAACUCUGACGCGGAGAGCACAGUCAGUGGCGAUGAACGCAAUCAAGACUUUCACCGGUGCUGGUGUAUUCGGCGUAGAAAUGUUCCUCCUGCAAGACGGCACCCUGUACAUAAACGAGAUCGCACCCAGACCUCAUAACUCAGGUCACUAUACCAUCGAAGCCUGCGAAACCUCCCAAUACGAAAACCAUCUCCGUGCAAUCCUCUCUCUUCCUCUGGGCUCAACGGACUUGAAAGUUCCGUCCUGUGCUAUGCUCAACAUCAUCGGUCAAUCCUCGUCAAUGAGCGAGAUUAGAGCUCUUACCGACGUCGCCUUAACUGUUCCUGGAGCCUCAACACAUCUCUACGGCAAGUCCGAAUGUCGCAAAGGGCGAAAAAUGGGUCAUAUCACAGUCGUGGCCCCCUCUGAUGCCGAGCUUCGGUUGCGGUUGCGUACUCUCCUUUCUGCCCUCCCUUCGAGUCCGAUCAAGGAGACCAACCUCUAUGCACCUUUACCACCAAGCCGUGGCUCUGGUUUCUCCAAUGCCUACCCUCUCGUUGGCGUCAUAAUGGGCUCUGACUCGGAUUUACCUGUCAUGCUUCCGGCAGCUCGUAUUCUCGACCAGUUCGAGAUUCCAUAUGAGCUAACAAUUGUUUCGGCUCAUCGCACUCCCGACCGGCUGGUCGAAUACGCACGAAGCGCAUCGCCGCGCGGCCUUCGCGUUAUCAUUGCUGGAGCCGGCGGUGCGGCCCAUUUACCAGGAAUGGUGGCAGCAAUAACUGCACUCCCAGUCAUCGGUGUCCCCGUCAAGGGGAGCUCGCUUGAUGGGGUUGACUCGCUACAUAGCAUAGUUCAAAUGCCACGCGGUAUUCCCGUUGCGACUGUGGCCAUCAACAACGGGACCAACGCCGGACUGCUGGCGGUCCGCAUUCUGGCGGCGGGUAACCCCCUACUCAUCGAGGCAAUGGAUGGAUAUCUUAAGAAGCUCGAGGCAGAAGUGCUUGGCAAAGUUGACAAACUUGUGGAGGUUGGCUGGGAGACGUAUCCGGGGACCAAGUGA